AUGUUGACUGUUGUAUUCCUUGCUGGCUUCAUCUUGUAUCAAUGGAAGUAUCUGCCUGCGAGCGUGGCCUCAAUCUCGUUCUUCCUGCCCACCGUUCGCGGGCCUGCAAGUCUGGUGCGAUGGCACGAAUCUGCAUCAUCAUGUCUGCAGGAGGCCCCUGUCAUACCGGUAACACGCAAGAGCUUAUGGCUGGCCAUCGAGGAACUGCUGCACACGGAGCUAUUCGUGAAUAAGACAGCGAGCCUGCUUUCCGGAGCGGUUCGCAUUCCGACGGAAGUGUACGACGUAAUGGGACCUGUUGGCGAGGAUCCGCGCUGGGAAGCUUUCGCGCCGCUUCAUGAAUAUCUCUUGCAAGCAUUUCCCCUAAUCCAUAUGAAGCUUCAGCUGACGAAAAUGAACACUUACGGUCUUGCCUACGUAUGGGAGGGCUCAGAUGGCGCGCUCAAGCCGUUGCUACUCACUGCACACCAAGAUGUGGUCCCAGUAGAUCCGGCUACCAUCUCCAACUGGACGUACCCACCGUACUCUGGGCACUAUGAUGGCACGCGUAUAUGGGGAAGAGGUAGCGCAGACGAUAAGAACGGCCUGAUCAGCAUCUUAGCAGCAGUAGAGACCCUAUUAGAGCAUGAUUUCGCCCCCGCACGUACGGUCGUGCUCGCCUUUGGGUUCGACGAAGAAGCAACAGGUCAACAGGGCGCCAAACAGAUAGGCCGAUACCUUCUGGACAUUUACGGCGAGAACGCGUUUGCCAUGCUCGUCGACGAAGGCGACCCCAUCGAAGACACGUACGGCGCGCCCUUCGCACGCCCCGCAAUUUCCGAGAAGGGCUACUUCGACCUGCAGAUCCAGGUCUCCGCGCCGGGCGGGCACUCAAGCGUCCCUCCACCACAUACGGCGAUCGGAUUCCUCUCCUCCCUCAUUGCCGCCUACGAAUCUGGCGCGCCCCGCUCGCACCUCACCCGCGGAUCCGCCGCUUACACCCAUGCCCAGUGCCUCGCCGCGCACGCACCACGCCUUCCUCCCAACCUCCGCGCGGACAUUCGCGCCGCGCACAGUUCCGACGCGGCACUCCGGCGCGCAGAGGCGGCGCUGUUCGCUGAGGACCCAGCGCUCGCGGCGGGAGGGCGGACGACGGUGGCGGUGGACGUCGUGUGGGGCGGCGUGAAAAGCAAUGCGUUGCCGGAGGGGGCGGGGGUGGUGGUGAACCAUCGGGUGGCGGUUGAUAGCUCCGUUUCCGCGCUGAAGGACCAUGCUGUCGCUGUCCUGAGGCCUGUCGCCGAUGCGCUGAACGUCACGCUCGUGGCCUUCCCCGACGACGGCGACACGCUUUUCUCCCGACGCGAGAUAUCUAGUGUCGCUAGGGCAGGGACCGUCACGCUGUCGGACGCCUUCGGUACUGCACUUGAGCCUGCGCCUGUGUCUCCGACGGACAGUGCGCAGUGGAAAGUGCUCGCAGGGACGAUCCGCGCGGCGUGGGGCGCUCCGCACCCCGGCCUCGACCGCGCUCUCAACAAGCCGGCCUCUGUUCAAGUUCCCCUUCAAGGUGAAGCAGAGCCUGACAUCGUGGUAGUCCCCAGCCUGCUCGCAGGCAACACCGACACGCAGUUCUACUGGGCGCUCACGCCGCACAUCUUUCGGUACAACCACUAUUACGCGCGAGACGGGCCUGCGGACGGGAGCAUACACACGGUUGACGAGGUGUGCGAGGCGGAGGGGUUUGUCGGGAUGGUAAAGUUCUUUGUUGGGUUGAUGCUGAACGCAGACGAGUCUAGGGACAUGUGA